GCUCCGCCGACGCGAGUCCAGGGGUGGCAGGGAGGGGCCACAGGACUCCCACGCUGCUGCCUCCUCCUCCCCUGGCCCCGCCCGGGUCUCUCUCUCUCUCUCUCCUCUCUCUCUCUCUCUCUCUGGCUCGCUCCCUCUCCUCCCUCCCUCCCUCUCUCUCGUUCACUGCGGCUGCGGGCGGCAUCCAUCGCCAAAGAAGACGAGGCACACGGAGCCCGGCGCCCGCCGCCGCCGCCGCCAUCGCAGCCGGGGCUAGAUGCAGGCCAUCAAGUGUGUGGUCGUGGGAGACGGGUGAGCGCCGCCGGAAGGCAUCGCCGUCGGGGGGCGCGGAUGGGCGAGGCUGGCGCUCGGCCCAGGCGGCAGGGGACCUCAAGGGUGGGGCUCUGGGCUAGCGGGGAGAGAAUGAACGCCUCGCGGAGAGGAAGAGGAUGGUGCACUGGGAAAGAGGGGGCGUCUGGGGGAAGAGGGGGUGGGUUUCCACCAGCCUAGGGGACCUGAGCACACGCCCAUCUAGCUGCCUCUUGGGGAGGCGCCUGCUUUCCUAUGCCUGCGCGCGCGCCCCCUUACACACGCACCUAUUGUUGCCCUACGAACCCCCCCAUUGCCUUGCUAGCCUUUGCCUCUCAUCAUAGCUGCCCGCCCCCCUCAUUCUUCUGUGCUGCCGCCCCCCCCCUUUCUGCUGCAGUCUCCAGCAGGGGUGCCAACUUGAAUAAAAAUAUUGGGGGGGGGCAGGUAAGCCCCACCCCACGUAUUCAAUCACAAGACAAGGAGCACGCAUACCAUUUGAAUGGCAACGCUCGUCAACUUGGGGGGGGGGGAGCCCAUCAAAUAUUUUAUGGGGGCGGGGGCGAAGAGACCUCGGCCCCCUAGGAGUUGGCUCCUAGGGUCUCCAGGGAAGGCUUCCACCCACCCCACGCUUCUGAUCUGCCCCUCUGUUCGUCCUCCGGGUUUCCGCACUUAGCAUCGCCAUGUGGUUUGGUGGGAGCCUUUAUGAAAGCCCUUCGCCUUCCCUUUGGCACAACGCCUCCCCGCCUCUCCCGCGCACAUACACACAGCUGGAUCGAGGAGCGGGGCAGCUGCUUUUAUUGUGAUAGGGAUCUGAAACCGAUUCAGCUAGGCGGGCUGAGAUAAGGUGUGUUUCCUUCUUUGAAUCCUAAGAUGAUGUGACCGCCCUGCAGAUUGGCAGAGAUGGGCAAAUGCCCAGUUUUGAUCGAGUGCCAUUCUCUCUCUCACACGCACAGAGCCAUGGCUGUUUCAAAUGCUGUGAUUCCCCAGCUUGCAGGUUUAAGUGCCACCAGCCAGGAGGAUGUGUGAAGAUAGCUUGGCAAGCUGACAGCAAUAAGCACUGGUGCAGGGUGAAUCCCAAGGAUGGUUACCAGCCACCUCAAAUGUUCAGGCCACCAAAGGAAUACAGUAUUGUGCUCAAAUAACUAUGUUGGUAGAUGGAUUCAGGGAUUUAGGGAACUGUCCUGGGGCCAGGGCGUCAGCAUGUGGUGUGCUGUAGAAGGCAUGUUGGUCUUGGAACACAGAAGCUUGGGUUCAAAGCCCCGUUCUGUUGGGGCGUGGGGUUGGGCAAAUCACAGUCUCAGCCUAUCCUACCCCAUAGGGGUAAGAAAGAGGAGGUGAUAUCAGGUAUGCUCCCUUAGCUUCUUAAAAGAAGGGUGCAAUACAGAUGUGAUAAAUGGUGGUGUGAAGUCGGGAGCCCCUAGUUCAGACUUUACUUUAACGGUGAACUCUGUGGCUGGCCCUUCAGAACAGAGGAUCUGGUUCAAACACAGUCAGCUAUUUUUGUGGCGGUUGUCUGCUCUCUUCCGACUCUCUUUCUCCCCUCCCCACCUCAUUGUUGCCCUAGCAAAUCAAUCUCCCACCACCCCAAUCUCUCAGCUUCAGGUUCCCUGGCUUCCCCUUCCAAUAGCACUGACCUACCUUACAGUAGGUUCUUAGUAUUAUUUAGGAGAUGCACACGAAUCACUUUGAAUGCUCAAAAAGCAUUCUGUAAAUGCCACGUGAUAUUUAUCGCAAGGCAUUGCGUGGUCCAACUUCCCUGCCACCAUUGAUUUGGGGUAUCCCCAUUGCUCCACUGAUAUGAGAAGACUGUCUUCCUGCAUGAUUACAAAGAUAAAUUAAAAUGUUACAGUGCAUAAUUCUAACAUGGUCAAACUGCACCUCUCACCCCAUCUGUUCAGACCUUUACUCAAAGAAAAGUUAAAAUAAUCUCCCUGUUUGCAGAUGUUGGCAAUUUCUGCUUUCAGUGCUUCCCCCCACCCCUAGAAAAAUAGGUGCUGGUACUCAGCAUGAAGUUGUUACAGUAACUGCCACUUUUUUUACAACAAAAAGGGGGUGCGUACCCUUGAGUAUCCCCUUUUUAAAAACCUACAGCACUGCCUGCUUUAAACCAUACCCAGUGAGAUGGGGAAAUGGCUAAGAAUCAGAAGUGCGAGCAUGCAAAUGAAAUUUCCAGCGCAUGGGAAGGGAAUGCUGCGACUGGGUACAAGGUGUGUGACCUCUCCCUAUGCAAUGGCUUGCCAUUAGACAAUGCUGGUGCUGAUCUUAAUAGAAUCAGUCCACAGACAUAUCACAAGCAUCUUUUUUUUUAAAUGUGUGUUGCACAGAAAUAACAGUAGAGAGCAAUACAUUUGUUUCCUACCAAAUGGUUUUCACAUGUAUUCUCAUGUACAGCACCAGCACUGCUGCUGCUGUCUAUCCCCGAAGACCAUCUUUAUCUGUGAUCAUAUGGGUGAAAAUUUGUCCCGUUGGCUUUUGUGCUUGCUGGCUAUGCCACUGAGAGAUGCUUGGUAUGCAAAAAGGAAGCGUAAAUACAGGAUCAUUGAACACCGUUUUUCCUGCUGGAACUCAAAAUCCUUGGCUAUUAAUUGUGUUUUCACUUUUUAACCCAAGUGCACCCUGUUAGUCUCAACAAUGAGGGUUGUUGUUUUUUAAGGUUAUUAUGAGCCCAGAUUAGUAGUGUGUGAAGAAUCUCACUAUAAGGGAGGGGUAGCUUUCCAGUUGUUGCCAGACUACAACUCCAGUUAUCUUGAUCAUGGCCAAGCUGGCUGGGGCUGAUGAGUGUAGUACAUUGGGUACCCCUGUUGUAUAAGGUGUGUUUCCUGCCCCAUAGAACAACGUCACUGAAGGAAGAAGUUUGGGUGUGUUAAGGAUAGAUCACAUAUACAAAAAUCUAGAUCUGAUCCAGUGGCUGAGAAUUGGGGAAAUGCAUCCCAUUUCCCCCCUCUCAGCCCCACUCCGUGCCAUCCUGUUGUGUCUAUGCUGUACGGCUCUGUUUUCAUUUCUUCAGGGCUGUGGGGAAGACCUGUCUGUUGAUCAGCUACACGACAAAUGCCUUCCCCGGAGAAUACAUCCCCACUGUGUGAGUAUAGAAGUUCUACUACAUAGUUGUGGGAUAACAUGCAUGCGCAGAUAAUAUGGCGGUUUGUAGAAGUCCCACAAUGGGAUGCUGAUACUCUGGGUAUUGAAAGAACUGGGACUCCUAGGGGCACUUGAAGUGGGACAAACUGAGCAAUAGUCUACUAAACCGGAUAAAGUUAAGUACAAAUGACUUUAAAAAUAAGUAUUUUGCUGUAGGCACAUCUGCAGGGAAGCUGUAAUUAGCCAUUUUCCAGUGUGUGUCCACACAUAGCAAAAAAAUCACAGAUGAUCUAUAUGCCUGCUUUUCUUAUGUGGAAUUUUGUUGGGUAAAAUAGCCCUGGUUGUGAUGGCUAUAGUAUUCCUCAAGGAUUGUGCUUAAGAAUAAUAGAACUAUGGGAAAUGUUCACUAGAGUCAUAUCAUUUACAUGCUUCUACCAUUCUUUCGCUUGGAAAGUAACAGAGAAAGGGUUGGCGUUAAACUUAUUCUCCACCUCUGUACAGGUUGCCUGUUGAGUAACUUACUGAAAUGUAAUAUACAGAUUAACUCAGGUUACUUCUGCUCUAGCACACUUUAACAAUCCUGAGGCAUUGCUUUUCUGCUCUCAACUGGAAGCAGAAUUAAAAGGGAAGUUCAACAGAUCACUUAAUAUAUUAUCCUGCAGUGCCCACCACUAUGGCUGUGAUCUUUUCUUAUUUCCUCAGAAGUAAGUCCCGUUCAGCAAAUGGCCCUUCUGACAUCAUUGAAAAGUGUCCUGCUUGCAGGUUGUCCUAAGAUAGCUUCCACAGGGGGGCUGCUGAUCGCCCCUCUUAAAUGCCUCUCAUUAUCGUGCCUGUUUCUCCUGAGGGCUUUUUAAAUUAAUGGGGUUUAACAUUACAAAACAGAGCUAUUUCACUAUAUAAAAACAAAAAGAACAAACGUUAUGGGAGGAAAAUAAUAUUUUUAAUAAAGACAGCCAGGGGCAGGGGUAGGGAGGUAGAAGAAGAGACUGUGGUACUACUUUUCAGUCACCAUUAGGUUAGACAACAGAUGUGAUUUAAGUGUGGUGGAGGAAGAAAUAAAGCUAUGCGAUUGAGGCGAUGCUCUAAAAUUUGUAGUGAAUAGUUACUGCUUUAGAAGAGAGAAGUAGUUAGUGGGAAGUAUUCCAGCAUAAUUAAUCUAGCAUGGAAUUAAGGUUGCAAUCUGAAACCCACCUACUUGGGAGUAAUCCAAAUUGCUCAGUGGGAGUAGAUAUGUAUAGGAUCGCACUGUGAUAUGGAGGGUGUGACCUGUGAUGAUGGAGUAGAGCAUGGGUAGGCAAACUAAGGCCCAGGGGCCGGAUCAGGCCCAAUUGCCUUCGAAAUCCGGCCUGCGCACAGUGUGUUUUUACAUUAGUAGAAUGUGUGUUUUUAUUUAAAAUGCAUCUCUGGGUUAUUUGUGGGGCAUAGGAAUUUAUUCAUCCCCCCCCCCAAAAAAAAUAGUCCGGCCCCCCAAAAGUCUGAGGGACAGUGGACUGGCCUCCUGCUGAAAAAGUUUGCUGACCCUUGGAGUAGAGAGUGAUUCUCUGUUGCUGAUGGAACAUUUCCCCCUCCAGGUUUGAUAAUUAUUCUGCCAACGUCAUGGUAGAUGGGAAGCCAGUAAACCUGGGACUGUGGGAUACAGCGGGACAAGAAGACUAUGACAGGCUAAGGCCUCUUUCCUACCCACAGACGGUAAGUGAUGAGGUUGCAUCUCCACAAGUAGAGUCGGAUUAUAUCUCCUGUUAGAGAAAGGCCCCUCUACCUCUACCAAACUAGGCAGUACUCUUGUAGACUAUGCACAAAUGCAUUCCAUGUUCUUUCUGCAACAAACAAGUUUGAAUUACGUGACCAUGAGGGAAAUCUUCAGCCAGUUCAAUAAAAAAUUAAGCCAAUAUUACACAUCCCUUUUGUGAAAUCUGCUAUUUUGGGGCGGGGACUAAAUUGAGAGGGGACAGUAUUGGGACACAAAUAGCUUGACAAUGCACGAGAUGCAUUUGCUACUCCUGUUGUUUCAUCAGAAGUUACAUCCCACCCUUGUCAUCUAUCCUGCUUGUAUCCUUGCAGGAUGUUUUCCUGAUUUGCUUCUCACUGGUGAGCCCAGCUUCCUUUGAAAACGUCCGAGCCAAGGUAAGAGGCUUUCUCUUAAGAAUGUGGAAGUGACUACCAAGAGGUAGGCCUGUUCGUAGCAGCCUAGCCGCAGAUUGGCAGAGGGUGCCUUUCAUCUUGCUGCCCAAAGCACAUGAGUGAUGCCUCAAGGACAGGAUUAAAAGUCAGUGAAGUAGAAUCAGGAUAUUUUCCUAAAGGCCUCUCCCAGGCAUCGUUGGCAAAGCAAAGAGCCAGGAAGGGCCACCUAUCCUUGGGUACCAGUUUGCUUCUAGCACACAGGAACGUCUGCCGUCAAGGAUAUUUACUCCCUUGCGUCUCAUUUUCAGUGGUACCCAGAAGUUCGACAUCACUGCCCCAACACACCAAUCAUUUUGGUGGGCACUAAGCUGGAUCUGAGGGAUGACAAGGACACCAUUGAGAGGCUGCGUGACAAGAAGCUGGCUCCCAUUACCUACCCUCAAGGUCUAGCUAUGGCCAGGGAAAUUGGUGAGUCUUGGAAGCGGGGGCUACAGGAAGCAAUGGUGAACUGAGGGGGACACAGCAUUCUCCCAACAAUUAGAAGUGUUAGCUUCUGUGGUUUUCCAUCUUUUUGUCUAUCAUGUGCAUUAGAACCUUGCUUCCCCCCCCCAAAAAAGAAUUUUAUAAUCAAGGUUUAAGGAUCUGAGGGGGGGAGCAGAGAAAUCACAACUCUCCCUAAGUCAUGUUGUCUCCUGAAUUCCUCCAGGUUCAGUCAAGUACCUAGAGUGUUCUGCCCUUACACAGCGUGGCCUCAAGACUGUCUUUGAUGAAGCCAUCCGUGCUGUGCUCUGUCCUCCCCCCGUGAAGAAGCCUGGCAAGAAGUGCACCGUGUUCUAA